UCUACUAGUACCAGCCACGCGCGCUGACCGCAUAUACAUUUCAAGAAGUCCUAACAGAAGAGAGGAGUGUUUUUGCCAAUAAUGCACUAUAAUGUUGGAUGCUGAUAAACCACACAGAAGAAGACGAGUGUGAGUUGCUGAUUGCUAGCUCUCGGUUGGGGAUAUCCAUCUUUUCAGCUUAUCUGCCGUAUGUGAAAGAGGAGCGGGGCAGACUUUCUAAAUGACCUAUCACAAUUUACUUUUUGAGGAUGGUGCCCCAUAUGCUUGAAAUGCUACCCAGUUCAAUGUGCUGGGACAGAUAGAACUGGCACAACAUGGAUAACGCCUGUGAAAAUGCCAGAUCAAGAGAAUGGAGCUAUGGUGAUGGAUACAGCCGCCAUAAUAUGGCUCAGUGGGAAAGUGCUCCCCCUGCUGGUGAAAGACAGUACCUCACCCAACAGGAAAAGGAACGCCAGUGGCUGAACCAUGAGAAAGAAGCUGCCAUACGGGCCCACUCCAACUCCCAUAGACAAAACUCUCCAAUGGACUUCCGUGGACAUGGGGCACAAGAGACCCAGCCGCUGCCUCUGUAUCAUCAGGACCAUCACAGAAUGGCUCCGAGUCAGAACAUAAGGGAUUGGCCAAAUCUCUAUGGACCCUUGAGAGGCCAGGCAACCUCUAAUAUAACCUUACACCGCAGUGGAGAGAGAACAGAAACAUGGGCUAAGCAUGAACCCCACUUCCCCAGCUAUGAGUUUUUGCCCCAACUCAUUGUUGAAAGAGGGCAUGAGGAUAUAACCCAUCACCAUAAAGGUGACCGGGAUUAUAUGGUUAGUCGGAUAGUGAAUCAUAAUCUCCAUUACAUUGAAAGCAAAUGGCAGAUGUUAGAUCCCACCCAUUCUAAUGGACAUGCUAGAGGACAUUUUAAUGAACAUUCAAGGGGACAUUCUAAUUCCUAUUACAGGGUUUAUUCUACUGAAUGCUCAAAGGGAAGUUCUAGUGGACGUUCUAGGGGUGACUCUAGUGGACGUUCUAGGGGUGACUCUAGGGGUGGCUCUAGUGGACGUUCUAGGGGUGGCUCUAGUGGACGUUCUAGGGGUGGCUCUAGUGGACGUUCUAGGGGUGGCUCUAGUGGACGUUCUAGGGGUGGCUCUACUGGACGUUCUAGGGGUGGCUUUAGGGGUGGCUCUAUUGGACGUUCUAGGGGUGGCUCUAGUGGACGUUCUAGGGGUGGCUCUAGUGGACGUUCUAGGGGUGGCUCUAGUGGACAUUCUAGGGUCCGUUCCAGCAGGUCUCCCAGGCUGGACUUCCAGGAUAAGCAUGUCAACCCUUUUCAAACUAUGACCAACAGUUCUCCAGACAUUCAGAACGCCAACAUCACUCCAACUGUUCCUAUGGUCAACAACGAACACAGUGAAUCCACAUCAGUACAUACAACAGGUCCUGCGAGAGAUUCUACAUCACUUGUGCAGACCUUUACUAUGACUGCACAGCAGUGUGUUUUUACGGAUUUCCGUUCCACGGGAGGUACAGAAUCUGGUGUUGUUGACCUAAAAGCAGCCCAGGUAACAAAUGCAGACACCCAUGGUAUACUAGGACCUAGUGUUCCUUCCCAAGCCAUAACUCAACAAACAGAUCAUCUUCCUGGCAAUGCUGCUCUGGUUUCUCACAAACAGACCUCUACCACCCCUGAACAGCAACAUGCUCCCUCUCCUUCUCUCACUGAGACACGUCAGGAAAAACCUCCUCAUAAACAUAAGAUCUCACUCAAGGAAAUACAGCACCGGCCCCAGAAUGGUUUAAGAUCUAAAAAUGGACCUGUAAAUGGGAAUAACUUAACACAAGACCCCUCUCAGUCCCAACAUUCCAUCACAGAGAAGAUGGACGUUUUACAAGCAGGCAAAACACAACUACAUCUUAACACCAAAGACUACCAGGCGAGGCCCCCUGAGAGGUUUAGUGCUGAGGACUCCACUAUACGGCUGGAGAUUAAGUCCACCCCCAGGUACAUGACCCUGACGGCAGUUGCCACCGCUCCGCCGGCCCCCGUGGCUAUUGUCCCUCCAAUAGGUCCACAGCAAUCCCCAGAGCCCAUGGAGACAGAGAAUGCAGGCAAUGAGCUGCCAUUUAAGAUUUUGCAGGCCUGGUCCAUCAACGAACAACAGGCAGAAAACCUGUGGGAAAGAGCUAAAGAUGAUGCAAGUUCUCUAUCUGUCCUAAAUGAGACGGUUCAAGUUGAGAGUCUUAUGGAGUAUGAUAAGCCUGUAGAUGCAUCUGCAACAAGUUCAAUGGCAUCUACAGGAGAGGACAAUGAUGAGGUCCUUCAAGUCAUCACACAGAUGGACAAGAGAUCACCUUCACCAUUUGUCCACACCAACCCUCAGGCAACUGAUAUUGUAUGCAUCGGUGGUGCCCAGACAAUCGUGGAAGGUAGCUCUAAUGUUGCAGAUGAGAGAACUCCUGAUUUGUCCACAAUUGCUGAAGUUCAGUUCAAGUUAUGUGCGCUGCAGCAACUAACAGUCACAGAGGCAAAGCAUGGUUGUCUAGAGGCCAUAUUGGAGCGUUAUUGGGGAGGGGAUACCUCUAACCUGCUAGAAGCUUUAAAAGAUAAAAUGGAUGAGAAAAUCAUGCAGGAUGUGUCUGCAUGGGCAGAGAAGGCAGUGCUUCUCUUUGCAGUCGGUGGUAUAACACUGGGGGAAGUGUUCGAGAAGUUUCCCAUUCCAGUACAUGUUGACACCUGUUCCCAAGUGGGUUACAGGUCAUCAUGGUUAAAUGUCAACGAGAAGCUGAAUGACAUUGACAAAGAUUCUGGAAGAGCUUGGUCUCUGUGGUUCAUACCAGAUAAAGCAGAGGAGAGUUCCAAAGUGGUUGGGGGUGUCCAGAUAGAUAACGCCUUCCACAGCAAGAUGGAGACUGUGGAAUUGCCUGCACGACAACCUGUUGUAGCAGAAGCAACAGACUCAGACCUCCCAACAAACACAGACUCCGAGACGGAAACCCUUUCCCCAAUGAUUUUGGCCGUCCUCACACCAGAGGAUGCUGUGAAACUGCUUGCUGAAACAGAGGCACCAGAGGCAGACCUCAAACCGGUCAUAGACCUCACAACAGACUUGGACACAGAACCCCUUUCCCCAAUGAAUUUGACCGUCCUGACAUCUGAGGAUGCCAUGAGACUGUUUUACCAGAUAGAAAAUGGCUCUGACAUCCAACUCACGUCCCCUGAUCCAUGCUCUGAAAACAAAGAUAAGACACAGACAAAGCAAAUAGAGAAUAUAGAAAGUGGCAGCUUAGAUAAGUCCUGCUACUGCCCUUGUAUCAUUGAAACGGACAAUGGGUUUGAAAUGGGCCUAUGCUCCAGUUGUCAGAGAGAGAAAGGAUUGCAGCAGGGUACAAGAUGCAUAACAAUCGCUCACUGCUUUACCAUGUCAGAUACAAAUGAUCAGGAGACAAAGGUCCCUAAUGACUCUGUGGCGAAGGCGACUGUUGACAAUGAAUGCAGGGACAAGAAGCAGAUGCAUUCAACUGAAGAAGAGGGUGAUGACAAUCAAUCCUGUGACAAUAAGACACAGGGUGAAAUGCAGCAAUGUACAGGAGUCAUACCGAUCACUGACUUUUUUUUCUGGUCAGAUACAAGUGAGGAUUCAGAUCAGGAGACAGAGGAAAGCUAUAAUGAACAACAUGCUCAGAUUGAGGCUCAUGCUUCUAAUGUUAAAAGGACAGAGCCUGAAACGGAUGCCAAAGCACCAUGUGAGUCAGCCCAAGAAUGUACGACCCAAAGCAAAGUCAGUCCUGGUUCUGAGAAUAGGGAAAGAUGGCAAGAGAAGGACCAAGACUGUAGGACGAGUACAUUACCACUUCCCAAGGUUGAAAACCCGUCUAAGUUAAGAGCUAACAUCAUAGCAGACAACUGGUGUUCACCUAUAGAGGACUGUGGUUCACCUGUAGAAAAGUAUGACAAAGUUGCUUACUUUGUCACCCAAUACAAAACCUGCAAGUCAAAGAAAAAAGUACAACAAAACAUAGAAAAGGAGAAGACCCUCCAUCCAACAUCAUCAAACAGGCAAAUGCACAAGAAAAGCCAUGGGAGAGCAGAGAGGGGAAGGUCACCAUCCCAAACCGCUAAGUGCUCUGGGUUGAAGGCAACUGUGGAUAAUCAAUGCAGGGACAUGAAGCCACAUGCGUCACACAAGAGGAGACAUUCAACUGAGAGUGAUGAAACUCGAUGUAAAGACAAGAAGAGGGGUUCAUCAACUGCGAAAGAGCGUGAGGGCUGUCAAUCCAGAGACAAGAAGCCACCGAAGAGGAGACAUUCAACUGAGAAAGAGAGAGAGGACAAUCAAAGUAGGGACAGGAUGUCACAGAAGAGGAGAAAUACAACUGAAACUGAAGACAGGAACUCUAAUUCUAAAGAGUUACAGUGCCAGUUGGUGGACAGAGAGAGGGGCAGUGGAAACUCACUCCCAUGCCCUGGAGUGAAAACCCUCCAUGUGCAGGGAUCCUCAACUACCACCGUUCCUCUCAAACUCUCCAUAAACAUCCCCAAAAAGCCUUCCAUAAACUCCUCACCCUCAAAACAUCCUGAAGUCCCCAGAAUGCCAAAGACUAAAGCCCAGAACAAAAUUAGCAGACACCGCUCCCCUGCAAAGUCGGUGUCUCCUGUUGUCAAAGAGAGGCAGAGGAAUGGCGGCAAACAAAAGCAAACAAUUCAAUGCUUAAAAAUCAGACUGGAAAAGCUGUCCUUGCCCAAAAAUCUUGUCAGGAAAGGUUCUCCACCAAGCCGGAAAAGGGAGGAAGGUUCUCCACAAAACUGGAAGAGAGUGGAAGGUUCCCCACCAAGGCAGAAGUUGGUGGCUGAUAGAGGAGAGCCUGGGGGUUUAGGGGUAAAGGUUUCUAAGCAUACUGACUUUUCCAAGAAACUAAAAUGUAAGGCACAGAGCGACUUGAAAUCCCAACAGAAUUUGCCAAAGAUUCCGAAGGUGUUGAAUGGAAGUGAGAAAGGAAGGUUUUUAAAAAGUGAGUGUAAGAAUGACUCGCUGCCAAGGAUUCCGAAGCUUCCGAGGACUCCAGAGGUUUCAAAGGAUUGGCAUGAGACAGAGAACAGGAAAGAGACAUCUCCCAGUGCUUCACCUGAAUCACAAACGCUGGACAAACCUGCAAGAGUGGCACACAAGCCCAAACCUUUUAUCAAGCCUGCCAGGCCCAAUGGUUACAGCCCAGGUAGUCAUGCUUGCCCUAAUCCGGCCAUGGUGUCACCGUCACAUGACAAUGUGGAUUUUGGGGCGAAAGUCUCUGCGAAGCAACAGGUGUUCUAUGAUUGGGAGAGUAGCUAUGUCCCGACUCCAACCCCCCGGACUCGCAGGCGAUCAGGGUGUCCUCCAGAGGAAGUGGAAGGCCAACAGGCCAGUCCCAGGUCCAGCUCGGAGACCAGGAUCAUCCGACCCAUUCUAAAACGUGUCGAUGCUCCGACGAAACCCAAGCGGAACAUCAGAUUUCUAUUGAAUCCAAGGAAGGUGCACUACUUCAAUCCCUGUGAAUAUGAAACUGACGUCAUGUUCAACAGGUCUUACACAGAUCCGGAAGAUGCACCGCGUUCUGAUGAUGAAGAGGAAGAUGUUCCUGUGAACUGCCAGAACACGAAUGAACAGCCCCCCGUUAGGGAAGAGAAGCGGCAAGAUAUAGGGGAGCUGAAGCCUGGACAAAGUGGUGCAUGUGAAAAGCGCUUCAAAAGGAAGUGGCAAAUGCAGGAACCUGCCGACAUUUUCAUGAAGAGUAUUCGUCAGGCAAAGCAUUGGACGAAGUCUCUCAAUCAUGAACCUCCAAAAGACUUCAGACACUCGGCAAAAAAAACUGGAGUUGGUUACAAGUGGUCAGAGAAGAAGAAGAGGCCAAAUGAAGUUGAAGGUUCCUCUCUGAAUGCAAGCCCCCUUCACGGUCACCAUCCAGGUUCCUCUCUGAAUGCAAGCCCCCUUCACGGUCACCAUCCAGGUUCCUCUCUGAAUGCAAGUCAUGGUCACCAUCCAGGUUCCUCUCAGAAUGCAAGUCAUGGUCACCAUCCAGGUUCCUCUCAGAAUGCAAGUCAUGGUCACCAUCCAGGUUCCUCUCAGAAUGCAAGUCAUGGUCACCAUCCAGGUUCCUCUCAGAAUGCAAGUCCUCGUCAUGGUCAGCAUCCAGGUUCCUUUCAGAAGGCAAGUCCCCCUCACGGUCACCAUCCAGGUUCCUUUCAGAAGGCAAGUCCCCCUCACGGUCACCAUCCAGGUUCCUCUCAGAAGGCAAGUCCCCCUCACGGUCACCAUCCAGGUUCCUCUCAGAAUGCAAGUCCCCCUCACGGUCACCAUCCAGGUUCCUUUCAGAAGGCAAGUCAUGGUCACCAUCCAGGUUCCUCUCAGAAUGCAAGUCCUCGUCAUGGUCACCAUCCAGGUUCCUUUCAGAAGGCAAGUCCCCCUCACGGUCACCAUCCAGGUUCCUUUCAGAAGGCAAGUCCCCCUCACGGUCACCAUCCAGGUUCCUUUCAGAAGGCAAGUCCCCCUCACGGUCACCAUCCAGGUUCCUUUCAGAAGGCAAGUCCCCCUCACGGUCACCAUCCAGGUUCCUCUCAGAAUGCAAGUCAUGGUCACCAUCCAGGUUCCUUUCAGAAUGCAAGUCAUGGUCACCAUCCAGGUUCCUCUCAGAAUGCAAGUCCUCGUCAUGGUCACCAUCCAGGUUCCUCUCAGAAUGCAAGUCAUGGUCACCAUCCAGGUUCCUCUCAGAAUGCAAGUCCUCGUCACGGUCACCAUCCAGGUUCCUCUCAGAAUGCAAGUCUCCGUCACGGUCACCAUUCAUCCUCCAGCCAGGGGAGAAGAGUUGAGCCAACAGCCAGGCACCAUAGCUCUCCCAUGGAUGAAUGGAACAAGCGUUGGUCAGGAGAGACGUGAUUCGUAAGCAUAUCAGUCGGCCAUGACAGGAUACACCAGACAGAACAGUAGUUGAUGGCAACCUGCAAAGACAAUACUUUUACCUCAAACCUGACAUCGUGCCUAUGCUGUUCUUUAAAAAAAAACUUGAAACCCUACAUAUUUAGGCUACAUUAUGCAGUUUAAUUUUCUACAUGUUUUCGUCUGUUUUUAAAUGAAUAAACGUCUGAUUUCUCUCCCUACUUAAUAGGUUCGGUUAGCUGUGGUUGAAGCCAUCAGAUGUGUGUAUUACAUACUAUGUACAUGUGUUAUUGUUACUCGUGACACAUAAGGGUGAUUGGUGUUUGGUUACCCGUAUUCCUAUAGUAUUGUUUGCCUACAUUGUUAGGGCACCAUCAUAGUGAUGGCAUUGCACAUUUUGUUUGUUUACACUUUUUAAAAACUAUUUCUAUAGUAACAUUUCUAUUGCAGCCAGAACCAAAGCUUAAGGGAAGAAACCAGACAUUUAUUUUUUUUAUUUAUUUGAAUAAGUUCUUUUUUAACACUGUUGGUAAAGUGGGUAAAUGUAUCAUGGAUAUCGACAUUAAAUGAUGUUUGAAAGCAAUGAUGUCACUUUGUUUGAUGUGAUUUCUUGCACUGGUUUAUAGUUUUGUGGCCAUAGAUGUUUCGGGUAUUGAGGAAUGUAUGUACUUUACAGGUCACUGGUUUUAUACUACGUCUUAAAUUUGUCAAUCCCAUGUUUUGUUUUUAUCUGUCCGUUUUUGUAAGUUUUGAUGCUGUAUUGUUUUUUUUAUAUAUACACCUCUGUUCUGUAUUGUUAUGGCACUGAACUAAUAUAAAUAUAGAACAUAUGUUUUUGUUGUUACCUGUCCUCUCAGACUGCACAACAUCCAAUGAAGAUCAUUGUAGUACUAUUUACCCCCACCACCAGCCAAAGACCACAUUUGAGACAGACACAGUUACACCACCAGAGGGAAGCAAAGUACAAUAUUAAUGUUCCUUUCAUUUCAGUCACUUGCUUGUGCAAGGCUUCUCCAAUGUGUUGAGACUUGAGACCUAUCUAGAGGAUAACCACUAGACUACCUGUCGCCCCCUUUUCUACUUGGUAGGCUACAGGAUUAUGUACAUGGCUGACCUGGCCUAGGAGAUCACAGGGUAAAAUCCAGCUAGUAUUUGUUGGGGAAAUUUCCAGCUCUUUGGUAAUUUUCCUGUACCCAUGUUGGACAGUUUCCAGUCACCUGGUGAUUUUCCAGUACCUAUACUACUUCCUUUUGAGGUAGGAAGAAGAAGCAAAGGUUAAAUAUUAGAUGUGUAAGCAGAAAAGCGUAGGUGGAAACCAUGUGCAGGAGUGGUCCAACAUAGAGUUAAUCAUGAGACAUGAAGAAACAGAACUAAGAAGUAUCUAUGUGAAUAACCUAAGCUGAGCUAACAUAGACCAGACUGUUGGGACAGACACAUAGAAUCUAGUCAAGGCUACUAGACAGGUACAUGGGUUAAUCAUUUCCAAGUGACACAGACCUGAACUGGUGUGGGACAGUGACUGUGCAUCUUUACCAACCAAUACAGGGGCCACAAGCUAUGUAUAUGUAUUGGGAAGACAUGGGUGUAAUAAUAAAAAGCUAUUGGAAAUGUACUUAUGGGAACAUGUAUACAGUAUGCAAUGAAGUAAACCGGUGGUGACACCACCAAUAUAAUCUAAACUGAGUCAGAUGUGUGCGUAAACAAGCCAGAAUUAAAACUAAAAGAUAAUGGUGGCGUAAAGCCAAGGGGAGUUAAUCAUUUUCAUAGAGAAAGGAGGGAACAUGUAUGUAAUCUACAAAAAGAGCAGUGUCAUUAUCUGGUGGAAAUGUAUAAAUACUGAUGUUUUGAACAAGAGGAGUCAGUUGUUCCAUGGAAU